UGGAGGUCCGGACCAUGGACAGGGACCUGAGUGAAGAGGACAGUGUGGAGAGCCUGAGUUUCGAGGCCGAGAGUCCUCUGGCGCCCCCUACUGAACUCCUGGAGAGGCUGCCCAGCUAUGACUGGCUUCUUCAUGGAGGCGGGCAGCAAAUAUUCUUUCCACCUUCAGAGGCCCUAGUGAGACCCCCAGAACCAACAUCCUGGUCCUCGUUCCUGGAACACAGCAGAGUCCCUGUGGUGACAGAGGAGGUGGCCCGUGAGGCCCUUCUCAGCUUCGUGAACUCUAAAUGUUGCUAUGGCAGCGCAGCCGCUGAUGACCUCAUCAUCCGGGAGCUGAGGCGCCAGACCCUCUGCAGGUAUCGACUGGAGACCUUCAGUGAAUCCAGGAUAAGCGAGUGGACAUUUCAACCUUUUACUAAUCACUCAGUAGAUGGGCCACAAAGAGGCACCUCUCCCAGGCUUUGGGAUAUCAAGGUCCAGGUCCCUCCAAUGUUUCGGGAGGACACCAAGAAGUUCCAAGUCCCUCAUUCUUCACUAGUCAAGGAAUGCCACAGAUGUCACGGGCGUGGGCGGUACAAGUGCAGCGGCUGCCAUGGGUCUGGCAUGGUGAGGUGCUUGACCUGCAGCGGAGCCAAGCGCAAAGCCAUGCAGCCCCGGAGGUGUCCGAUGUGCUCGGGCUCUGGCAGGCGCAGGUGCAGCACGUGCUCGGGGAGAGGGAGCAAGACGUGUGCCACCUGCAAGGGGCAGAGGAGGCUGGUGCACUUCCUCCAGCUGGUCGUCACGUGGAGAAACAGCCUGUUUGAGUUCGUGUCCGACCACCAGCUCCACUGUCCCCCGGAGCUGCUGGGGAAAGCCAAGGGAGAAAACCUCUUUAGGGAUGAAAACUCCGCGGUGUACCCCAUUGUCGACUUCCCCCUGAGGGAGAUCUCUCUGGCCUCCCAGAGGGGCAUCGCAGAGCACAGCGCCUCCCUGGCCUCCCGCGCCCGCAUCCUGCAGCAGCGCCAGACCAUCGAGCUCAUCCCCCUUACAGAAGUUCACUACUGGUACCAAGGGAAGACUUAUGUCUACUACAUCUAUGGCACCGACCACCAGGUGUAUGUGGUGGACUACCCUGAGCGAUACUGCUGUGGCUGUACAAUUCUCUGACACAGUGGCAUGGCUCUUCCCAGAGCCCACCACUCAUAUUUGCCCAGGAGGAUACCGAGGUCUCUGAGUUUUCUCCUCAUUGGCUAAAUUGGACAAUUACACACACACCCUGACUGUCCUUCUAGAAAACUCAAUCAUGUAUCAAGCAAUAACUGUUCUCUGAUAGAAUCCAUAUUUAACCUACAAGAAUACAACUGCACACAGUUCUUUAGAACAA